CGAAGACUGCAGCACCAUCUUCUUCAUGGGAGUCAUGACAGGAGCCGCAGCCUUCGGCUCUUCAGCGAUAAGUACGGCAGGAGGACCAGCCUGCUGGUUGCCUACUUCCUGGCUCUGGCGUUCGGCUUCUCCAGCGCCUUCGCCAACUCCUUCGUCCUGUUUGCGGUGCUGAGGUUCUUCACUGGGUUCGGCCUGACGGGAAUCAGCAUCACCACCAUCGUCCUCAGCAUCGAGUGGGCCGACACGGGCCACCGGGCGCUGAUGAGCGUGUUGGGCGGCCUGUCGUGGCCCGUGGGCAACAUGAUGCUGGCCGGCUUCGCCUUCGUCUUCAACGACUGGCGAGCGCUGACCAUGAUGGUGACGGCUCCGCUGGGGCUCGGACUCCUGACCUGGUGGUGGGUUCCUGAAUCGGCUCGAUGGCUCUCAGCCAACGGGAAGGUGGAACGAGCCCAGUUUUACCUGGACAAAUGUGCGAAGUUCAACAAAAGAGAGAAACGGCCAAGUCAGAGGAAGCUGGAGACUCUUUCAAACACAGAGCGAGUACAAAGGCAGGACAACAGCUACACGUACCUUCACCUGAUCAAGACUCCGAGGAUGAGGAGGGUGACGCUGCUGGCCGGCAUCGUGGGGUUUGGCGUCGCUUCGACCUAUUACGGCAUCAGCCUGAACAUCACUGGGUUCGGCCUGAACAUUUACCUCACGCAGUUCAUCUACGCAGCCAUCGAGCUUCCUGCCAAACUGAUGAUCUACUUCCUCCUGGACGUGGUUGGACGGAGGAGGUGCCAAGCGGGGACGCUGUUACUGACGGGAGGCUGCAUCGCCCUCAACAUCUUCAUCCCAAAAGACUUGUGGCUCGUCCGCGCCGUCGUUGCUGUUGUGGGUAAAGGCCUUUCGGAAGCUUCCUUCACGGUGGUGUUCCUCUACGUGUCCGAGCUGUACCCCACGGUCAUCAGACAAAACGGCCUGGGCUACGCCAACUUCAUGAGCCGUGUGGGCAUGUCGGUGGCCCCCCUCAUCCUGCUGCUGGAGGACGUGUGGCCGAUCCUCCCUCAGAUCGUCCUCUCCACCGGCGCCGUCCUGUCCGGUCUGGCCUCCCUCCUGCUGUCAGAGACGCUGAACGAGAGGCUCCCAGAGACCAUCGCCGACGUAGAGAAGCCGAGAACAAAGGGUUCUUCUCUCUCUCUGGAGCCGUCGGGACUUUCACUGGAGACAAAGAGCACAACAGAAACCUUGUAGACAGUUUCUGGUUUUGGAAUGUUCAUUAGCUUGACAUCACUGUUUUAUUAGUUUUAUGCAUCUGCUACUACUCACUUCUUUCUGCUACAUUUACAGUUUUCUAUGUCAGAUAUUUUUUGCUUCAUAUUCAUGUAAGACCAGCUGUGCAUUAAACCAAACUGGCCACA